ACGUUUCUUGUGGCUAACAUGAGUUCGGUGAAGAGAGAGGAACGCCGGGAAGAAGAUAACGGAAACAGAGAGAAACCGUCGACGGAAGUUGUUCGGACGGUAACGGAGGAAGAGGUGGAUGAGUUUUUCAAGAUAUUACGGAGAGUACACGUGGCGACACGAACGGUAGCGAAAGCUAACGGCGGUAUUGUUGAACGGGAGUUACCGUCUAAGAAGAGGAAACGGAGUCAGAAUCUUGGGUUGGGAAAUUCGUUGGAUAGUAACGGCGUUCGAGACGGAGAAUUCGAUGGGAUUAAUCGGGUCGGGUUACAGGGUUUGGGUUUGGAUCUGAAUUGUAAACCGGAACCAGACUGCGUUAGUUUGUCGUUGUAGUCCUUUCAAGUUUUUCUCCUUCUUACAAUAAUCUAUUUUUUUUUAA